GAUAACCUGUCGCAGUUUAUACAAAAGGUGUGGUGUGGAAAUUGAGCAGCUGUUUCGUGCUGGCAUUUUCUGCUGCGCAAUCACACGGUGAAUAUCGUUGGUGCAUAAGAAUGUGAGAACAAAAUGCUUCAAACGCUUUUGUGUCGUUUUCUGUCCUUGUGGCUGGUACUUGGCUAUCAUCAGUGUUCAUGGGCUGCCGUCCCGAGAAACACAAAACUUAAGUUGGGAACAAGCGUGGUGGAAAAUGCAUCACCAUUUCCUCUCUUCUCCGGCGACAGGGUAACGUUUCGUAUUGCACUGACCCAUACCAGCACAUCGCAAGCGAAAGCGGUAGACGCUCUGUUGCAGCUAGAGAUUCCUUUGUAUCUCAAAGUAGUGAGUUAUAGCAAAGGCAAUGGCAUACAAUGGAGCAGCGUCGAUACUGCGGAGAAAUGGACGAUGAAGUUUAAGUUCGACGAAAUUAUGAUAUCAAAGUCAGUUAAUCUAUCCCUGGUUGUUGAUGUGGAUCCACACUAUAUCGCUAAUGCUGCGGCUAGUCAUAGCGUGGCCAUUCUUGUUGAUCUCUGGUAUUAUGGUGAAGAUGGUCCCUGUUCUAGGCCACCAGACAUGUACAAUGCAAUGCACGAUUUUGAACGCCUUUCGUUGGAAAUUCAGACCACUACAGCAUGCGAGAAACGGAUAGAGCUGAAGAGCGACCAGUAUUCUGCUUCUUCUGAGUCGAGCAAAGGACCAGCAAAAUAUGCUUCAUUUUUCCAGCCGGGGGUGUGGCAGACGUCGGACGCGAUGGCAAGAGAAAAAAAUCAAUUUUUACAACUCGAUUUAUCAAGAUUGAUGCGAGUAACAAAGAUUGCGACACGUGGUCAGAAAACACCUUCGAUUGCUUUCGUCCGAACGUACCAUGUUUAUCAUAGCAAGAAUAUCAUCGAAUGGUUUUCAUCCCGGGAGAACAACGAUAUUAAAGUUUUCCAGGCCAACACGGACGGUGAAAGCGUCGUGUUCAACCCCAUGCCAUCCCCGACUAUCGCCAGAUAUCUCCGUAUUGUGCCCAAGUCUUGGAAAAAACGCCAGGUGAUGGAUGUUGCAGUCUUUGGUUGUCAGGUUCAUCCCAACGAAAAUUUGGUGGAUUACUGUCCUAUAUUCGACUUUGAGAAUGGCGUAUCAGGCUGGACAAGCACGGGAACAGCGUUCAAAAAUCAGCCAACCUAUGGGGACAAUUAUAAAAUAAGAACAGGAACAUCCGCCGACAUUCAGGGAAAUUCAUGGAUCGCUACAUACGAGGACCGUAUGAGAUCAUACACUCCUGCUGGUGGUAAACAAGGCGAUGCUCCUGUAGGUACCCUUACAUCCCCAUCGUUCCUCAUCGUCGUGUCAAAAUUCCGCUUCCUUAUUGGUGGAACAAAGAACAAUUCUGACGUCUACGCAGAAUUGGUGAUCGAUGGCAAGUCGGUGCGUAAGACCAGCGGUAGUGGUGACAACAUGACGGAGAUAACGUGGAACGUUAAACAGUUUAGCGGGAAAGAAGCUGUUUUACGAUUGGUCGAUGAUACAGAUAAAGGACAUCUCAAUUUUGAUGCAUUCAGAGUCGAUUGCUUCCUAGAUGCAGACGCUUACGACAUUGCUCUACCAAAUCGGGCUGUCAUGUUGAAUCCGAGAACUCAUUCCUUCUACGUUUGUGAUUCAUCCCAUUUGAGGAGUGAAGACAGUGCCCUGUGUCGAGUGAUGAGUGGGCUAAGUGACACGUGGAUUGAUAUACCGGACAUCGUGGGAUUACUGGGGGUAGAUAAAUCAACCAACCAAUUGUACGCGGUAUCCAAGGAUCGUUACGUCAUCACAAGCAUGAAUCCAGCCGGAGGAGACUGGAGGUAUGCUAAGAAAUCAGAUUGGUUGAAAGUAAAACCUAAACCUAGCACGGUUCGAAUGGAAGCGAUUCCUUGGAUAACCUUGCGUGACGGAGUGAAUGAAGAGACGCUUAAAACUCUUGCUGAUAGCAACGGUGAUCAAUGGAGAGCAACAUCACUUGGCGUUGGGUAUAAACCCGCUGGCCAGUCCUGGGUGAAGAUCGCAGCGUGGCGCUGCCAUGUGUUCGAGAAUGCCGAGGAUCCGUGUUUUUCUGAACCAUGUGAACAUCAAGCAAACUGCACGGCGAUAUCACGUGGUCAGUACAACUGCAGUUGCGUUCCUGGGUAUACAGGUGUCAACUGUGAGACGGACAUAGACGAAUGUGCUGAAGUCUUUUGCGAGAAUGGCGGAACUUGUGUCCAGGGAAUAAAUAAAUAUUUCUGCCGCUGCCCAUAUGGUGUUGAUGGAGACCACUGCGAGAAUCUGUUACCCGCGUGUCGUACAUCUCCGUGUUUGAACGGGGGCAACUGUGUUGAUGAAACACCGCCAGCUUUCAGAUGUGAUUGCACCAGUAACUACAAAGGAACUCUUUGCGAGAUUGAAAAAGAGCCAUGCCUAAUCAACCCAUGCAGUAAUGGAGCUGUCUGUGUUCCAACUGAUGAAGGGUAUCGCUGUGUUUGUCAAUACGGUUACACAGGAACCCAUUGUACCACUGGAAUUGGGAUAAACUUGAAGGCAGUGCAGACAAAGACUGUCACAGAUGUCAACAGUUAUCUGGUGAUAAAGGCUCAAAUACCCAGCCAUGGUAAGUCAUUCCUGGAAAACUGGUGCAAGGAGUACGAAAGACUUUGCAAAAACUACGAUCGAGAACCGACUGGCUUCGGGCGAUCGUACAACCAUAUCGAAGAAUACGCAAGCUGUCAGGAGAACUACUUCUCGGUUAUGGAUCGAGCAAACCUUCUUGGCGCGAACCCGAACGAAAAAGUCGCCGCGUUAGCGCAACAGGUCGGCUUCACCGACGCAACCCCCAACAAUUCAUUUGCAUUUAAUGCGUGCGACGGCUCGAAAUGCUCCAGUGUUUUACCAGAGUCCGGUUGUCACGAGGGCUUAUCGUGCAUCAGCAGAUCUGUGCCAAAUCUUGAGGUGUAUACGGUCUGCAUUGAUCCCAAUUCGAAUUUCCGUACCGCUUUAAAGGUUUGGGGUGUUAUCAACGGUGUUAGACAAUUAAAUUUAUUGGUUACAACGCCCUCAAGGUAUUCGAAAUUGACUACAUGGUGUGACGAUUACGAGGCGCUUUGCGAUCGCUAUGGCCUGCGCGCCAUAGGUGUGAGAGAGAAUACAGGUUGUGUUGAAAAAUAUCGCGCUAUUUUUAAUCCAAACAAUGCUAACGGGGAGGUGAGAGAUGUCGUAAGCGCUGGCAGCGGGUUUUACUUCAAAGAUUGUGCGCACUGUAACAGUAACAGUUACUCUACGUCAAACGCGGUACACUAUUUUAAGUAUUAUUAUAAUAAUUUCGGAGUUGCUUGCAUGCAGCCGAAUGGUAUCGGCUUCAAAGUUUUGGAUGAUAAAAAGCUGCUGAACUACAAUGGGAAAGAUUACACGGUGAUCAAAGUACAAGUCCCUUCGAACGGAAGUUCAUAUGACAAGAGUUGGUGUGAAGAUUACAAGAAGCUCUGUAAUUCCUACAAAAUGGUGCCGCUGGGUUGUGGCAGCAAUUGCGUCGCAAAAUAUCACUCAUCGUUUACCACCUGUCCCAUUUCAGGAAGCGAGGUCGAACAAAUGGUGCGCAAUGCUGGAUUUUCAAGUGCAUCUUCAUCGAACACGUUUGUUUACAAGUCCUGCGAGGCUUGCUCUCAUCUUGUCAAUAAAGGCGAAUGCCGAGCUGGGGAUCUGUUCUGUCUUGAUGACGCGAACCCUUAUCGUGUGUUUUAUACUGCUUGUGUUAAAGAUGAUGAGAAAUAUCUACCCGAGGACCUUGCUUUACGACUAAGAGAUUUCAAAUUAAUUUCAUAUCAGUCUAGGCCUUAUAAAGUACUACGAUUGUAUGAUCUUCCCGAAGACGGUUACCCCAUGUUGAGCAACUGGUGUGAAGAGUACCAGGCUUUGUGCAAGAGUGUUGGUGGGCGACCUGUGGGCUGUGGGCCUUCCUAUACGUCCGACCCUAAUAUCGCGAAUUGUGGAACUGCGUAUGGAGCAGUUAUGGAUAAUGACGGCCUGGGUUGUAAUAACAACGGCAUAAUAAAAGAUAUGGUGAAGGAUGCGGGAUACAAUCCAAGCAGUUACAAUACCUUUAUGUUUCAUGACUGUUCAUCUAAUUCAUGCAGUAAGCGACUAACUUACGGUUGCUAUUAUUGGUCAUGUUCUAGCCAUCCGGCGCUUUCCUGUCUUUCUACGAGAAUGAGCAGGUAUUCCCGCGAAGCGUACGCCGUAUGCAGUAUGGCAAGCAGCGCUUUCAAGGUCCUGGAGACGAAGGACAGCACAUACGGCGGGCAUGACGUACUCGUAGUCAAAGCACAGAUUCCCAGCGACGGUUCCUCGUUCACGAGGAACUGGUGCGAGGACUAUAAAGCUUUGUGUUACAACUACGGCUACAGACCAACCGGAUGUGGCGUAGACUACGCUGACGACAGCAACUACGCAUCAUGCAGAUAUGAUUAUCAGUCAGUAAUGCCAGCAGACAAUGUGUAUGGGUGUCCAGCUGUGGGCACGAUUGCCCUCGUUGCCAAUGCAGCUGGUUUUUCCAAUGCGACAGUUGGAAACUCAUUCGGGUUUUCGGACUGCAACGCGACCUGUGUUUCCACUUUGACAAACGGUGGUCCUUUCAUUGAUCUUUCCGUUACCGACGGCAUCGUGUACACAAUUUGCGAAACAUCGGACAGCAACUUUAAAGUAAUGUCGACGGUGCAGAGUGUUUACAAAGGCGGGGAGUAUACGUUUGUCCAAGCGCAGGUGCCCCAAGAUCUGAUCUCGAAGCAUGACACUUGGUGUACUGACUAUCAGCGCAUGUGUGAGUCGUUUGGUUUGAAACCAGUGGCCAGGAGUCAACUUGAGACAAAAGAUGAAUAUGUGACCUGUCGAAAAAAAUAUGGAGCCAUCAACACAAAACUGAACGAGGCAACCACCAGUUCCGAAAUCCAAACCUUUGGAGGUCCUUUCCUUCGCUAUUCACGACUAGAUGAUAAUAGAAAUUUGUUUGUUUUCGGACAAAAGUGCGACGACUAUUGUUUUAAGGAUUUGAAAGAUGGUUAUUAUGAAUACGCGCUGGAAGAUAUAUAUGUGUCGUAUCUCUAUCGUUACGAUUACACCGUGUCCACCGUAUGCGCUUCCUCAGACAGCAACUUCCGUGUUAUUUCAACCAAAACAAUCGCUCACCAAGGUCAGGAUUUUCUUGUCAUUAUGGCCAAGUUACCUGAACAUCGCAUGUCGAAAUACGAGAACUGGUGUCGAGAUUAUGAACGGCUCUGUCGUAGCUUUAGAAAAAGACCAACCGGCUGCGGUCUUUCAUACCAGUGGUCUUCCAAACAUCGAGCAUGCGUAGAUAAAUAUCAAUCCGCAAUGGCGAUGAACGACCCGGUCGGAUGCAACUCCAGUGAGACGGUAGCCAGCAUAGCCAACUUGGCCGGAUAUAAGUUCGCGCAUAUGAACAAUUCCUUUGCGUUUUAUCAGUGUUCAAGUGAGUGCCCACAGAAACUGAGCAGCUCCUGUUCUGAUUCCCUGCCUUGCCUCAAUGACCGUUCGGAUAUAGUUUACACUGUGUGCACAGAUUCCUCGAGUGCUUUCGAGGUCGAACGUGUCGUGCAUACGAACGAGGGGCCAAAAACA